AUGGCUGCAGUAACACCAUUUGAAGAAGAUUGUUAUUUAACAUUAAAUAAUAAACAAAUAAAUAAAUUUAUAUUUAUUCUUGAUUGUAGUGGAUCAAUGAAAAAUGAAAAUAAAAUUGGAUUAGCUCGUGAAGCAAUGUUAUUUUUUAUAAGAAAUCUUCCAACUAAUUGUUAUUUUAAUAUAAUUAAAUUUGGAGCAAAAUAUAGUUGUUUAUUUAAUGAAUCAACUGCUUUUUAUAAUAAUAUUAAUAUACGAAUUGCUGAGAAAUUUAUCAGUCAAAUACGAGCAGAUUUAGGUGGUACGGAAAUACUAGCAGCUUUACAAUGGCUUGAACGUCAUCCACCUCAAUUUAAUCGUGCUCGUCAAGUAUUUCUUCUAACUGAUGGUGAAGUUUCAAAUGUAUCUGAAGUAUUAGAAUUAUGUCGUUCGAUGGCUUCAUCAACUCGAAUAUUUUCAUUUGGUUUGGGUGUAUCACCAAAUCGAUCUCUUGUAAAAGGUCUUGCACGAACAACAAAUGGUCGAUUUAUUUUUAUUCCACCAAAUACUCAUAUUGAUGUUUAUAUUCAAGAACAAUUACAAAAAGCAAUUCAACGAUGUAUUACAAAUAUUCGUAUUCAAUGGAAUCUCGGUGUGCCUAUACAAAAUGUACCAAAUCAAUUAUCACCGACUUAUAUGAAUGAUCGUUUAAUUAUCUAUGCUCUAACAAAUAAUCAAGUCAUACAAUUAAAUUCUAAAUCUUCAAUUGAAAUUCGAACUGAUCAAAGUUAUUAUCGUUUAGGUAUAACAGAUGCUGAUCGUAUAGCAAAUAAUACUAAAAUGAUAGCACGUCUUGCUGCUAAAGCAUUAAUACUUGAAUUAGAAUAUUGUAAAAUGCAACGAAAAUGUAUCAAACAAGUACGUUUUGCAGAUAUUGAUGGUGAUUCUAAAAAACAUAAUGAAACUAUUCAAACAAAAGAAGAUAUUAAACAACGUAUUAUUGAUCUAUCAUUACAAUAUAAUAUCCUCAGUCGAUAUACAGUAUUUAUUGGUAUUGAAAAAUAUCUUAGUAAUAGUAGUCAAGAUAUAGCUAUACGUGAAGUACCAAUACAAAUGUCAAUUGAUAAUCAAUCGAUUGAUUCAAGAUCUGAAAAAGUUUUAAAUGAUAUUAAAGAUGUUGAUUCAUAUUCUUCAGCAAUAGAUUUAGAAAAUAAAUUGAUCCAUAUUGAAAGAUCAAGAGAACAAUCAUUAACUAAAAUAAGUACAUUAACGAAUGAAAAAUAUAUGAAUUAUUAUCAAGAACAAGAUUCUCUUGAGCACAUUCAAUCUAAUCGUAGUAUUUCUAUUCCUGUGCAAUUCAGUACAACUAAAGAAAAUGGUGUCAUAACCUUGUCAAAUGAAUCUAAGCUUAUUCAAAAUAGUAUACCAAAGAAAGAUAGAGAUAGAGAUCAAGAUGAAAUUCAAUCAAUGAAUGAUAAAGAUCUUAUUCAAUAUUUAAUAAAUAAACAAAAUGAUGAUGGUCUUUGGAAUUUUGAUUCAAAUAGAAAAACAAUAAAAGAUUUAACAGGAAAAUCCUUUGAUGUUUUUCAAUCAUCUGAAAUUCAUGGUAAUACUCAAAUCUUUGUUACAGCAAUUAUUAUUGUCUUACUUGAAGUAAGAUUUAUGGAUUUACGUUCAAUAUGGGAGGAUGUCGUAGAAAAAGCACGUCGAUGUUUAAUAAAUUUAUUAAAUAAUGAUUGGAAAAAAAUAGUAUUUUUAUUUCGACAUAUUAGAAUAAUAUUAAGUGAAUAA